CCUUCAAUUCUCACAGUUCUCUCUCCUUACAACCAAAUAAUUUUUUUCAUGUCGGUUCUCACCAGCAAUGUUCUUACACUUGCAUGUGAACGAAAAAUAUUUCCAUCAUUACAAAUAUCUAAUAAGCUUACACGAUUCCGGAUAGCUCAUACGAAAAACUGUAUGGAUGAAGUAGAGAAGACAAUAAAAAGAAAAAAGGUGGUUGAAAAAGCCAAACUAUCAGUUUCAUCUUAUGAUACAGCAUGGGUGGCUAUGGUUCCUUCUAAAGAAUCAAAGGAGAAGCCAUCGUUUCCGGAAUGUUUGGAUUGGAUUAUGAAAAAUCAACAUUGUGAUGGAUCAUGGUGCCAUAAUCCAUACCAUCCAUUGCUUGUUAAGGAUUAUAUCUCUUGUACUUUGGCUUGUGUUCUUGCUCUUCAAAAAUGGAAAGUUGGCCAAUCACUCAUCAAAAGAGGUCUAGAAUUUAUUGAGGCUAAUUAUUGGGCUGCCACUGAUGAAAGACAAUUGACACCAAUUGGAUUUAAUAUUAUAUUUCCUGCCAUGAUCGAACUUGCAAUGGAAUAUGGAUUAGAAGUUCCUUUUCAUCUUGAAUUGCUUGAUUUAUUACUACAGAACAGAGAAAAUGAAAUCGCAAGAUAUGAAUUGGAAGGAACCAAAGUCCAUCUAGCAUACCUAAUAGAAGGACUUGGAAAGAAAUGUAAAUGGGAAGAGAUGAAUAAAUAUCAAAAUAGUAAUGGAUCAUUUUUUAAUUCUCCGUCAGCAACUGCAGCUGCUUUGUUUUAUAAUCAUAAUCAACAAUGUUAUGAUUACUUGACCAUCCUCUUAAAGAAUGAUGAUAAUGCAGUUCCCACAACUUAUCCAUCGCAAAUAUAUAGCCAGCUUUGUGCAAUUGACAAUAUUCAAAAGUUAGGAAUUGAUGAUAUAUAUUUCAGAAUAGAAAUAGAUAAUACUUUGGAUGACAUAUACAGAUUAUGGAUGCAAAGCGAUGAAGAGAUAUACUUAGAUGUGAAUUGUUGUGCUUUGGGAUUUCGUCUAUUACGAUUAAAAGGAUACAAUGUUUCUUCUGAUGCAUUAGCACAUGUCUCCGAAGAAGAAUAUUUUUUCAAUUCAGUGAGUCCACAAUUUAAAAGUACAAAAACAAUUAUGGAAUUAUACAAGGCCUCAAAGUUAAGUAUAUAUGAAAAUGAAUUUGUUCUUGAGAAGUUAGAAGUUUGGACAUAUUCUUUCUUGAAACAACAACUACUUACGGAUGUUAUUAAAGAUUCUAAGCUACGUGAAGAGGUUGGUCAUGUCCUAAAAUAUCGUUACGAUAGUUUAAAUUUCCUCGAGAUAAGGUGGGGAAUAGAACAACAGAAAGCAGAUAAUGUUGCACUUCUCAAAACAUCUUAUAGUCUUAAUGACAAUAAUAGCGAGUUAUUGGCAUUGGCGAUCCAACAAUAUAACACGUGCCAAUCGUUGUAUCAGAAAGAAUACAAAGAUAUUGAGAGAUGGGUUAAGGUUUGCAGAUUUGAGGAAUUAAAUUUUGCAAGGCUUCUGCUACUUAAUUGCUACUACACCAACUCUGCAGUUUUAGUUGCUCCUGAAUUAGCCGAUGCUCGAAUCGCCAUUACCAAAAAUUGUAUUCUAGCUACAGUUGUUGACGACUUCUUUGACAUUGCUGGUUCCAAAGAAGAACUUGAAAACCUAGUUCAGUUAGUCCAAAGGUGGGGGGAAACUUCAACUAUUGGCUAUCGCUCUGAGCAAGUUAAGAUAAUCUUUUCAGCACUUGAAGACAUGAUCAAAGAGCUUGAUUCCAUUGCAUUCAAACAUCAUGGAAGAAGUGUUGAGCAUCACUUGGUCAAAAUAUGGCAUGAAUUGCUCAAGUCUAUGAUGCAAGAAGCUGCAUGGGCUAGAGAGGAUGUGAUACCAUCUCUUGACGAAUACAUGGAAAAUGCAUACAUAUCUUUUGCUUUAGGACCAAUUUGUCAUAUAACAACCUAUUUUCUUGGGAUAACAUUACCCGAAGAAGUAAUGAUAGGGCCACAAUUAUAUAAUCUAUUUAAGCAUGUCAGCCUAGUUGGACGACUUUUUAACGACCUCCAAUCUUUCAAGAGAGAACGCGAACAAGGUAAAUACAACAGCAUAUCGUUGCGUGUAUUUCAUAGUCAAGGGAGCAUAACAGAAAAAGAAGCAAUUGAAGAUGCAAAAAAAGACAUUGAGAUGUAUAGGAAAGAAUUACUACGACUCUCUGUGCAAAAGGAAGAGAAUUCACUACCAAAACCUUUCAGAGAGUUAUUUUGGAACUUCAGUAACGUAUUGCAUUAUUUUUACAUAGACAAUGAUGGCUACUCAAAUCCCAAAAUUAAAAUGGCAAAUGAUGCAAAAAUUGUAUUAUGGGAACCAGCUUCUCUUCUUUAGUUUAUUAUUACUGCAUGUUAUGUUUGUUAAUUAAUAAUAUCUUGCUUCCUCAAAAGUUUUAUUGGA